CUGGCCGCGGCGGCCGCUGAGGGUCGCUCGGUGCUGCUGCCCCGCCCGGCUUUCCCGGCCGGGCUCUGCCCGCGGCUCCGCGAUGUCGAGCGGCUGCGCGGCGGCCGAGGAGGAGGCGGAGGAGGGAGGCCGGGAGCCGCGCUGUGUGUCGGCGCGGUGCUCCUGGCCCUGCGCGCCGCCGGGCGGCCUGGCCCGGGCUCUGUGCCUGCGGCGGGGUGCGGGGGACGGCGAGGAGCCCGGCGGCGAGGCCGUGGUGGCGGAGCGGCGGGAGGGCGGCGAGGAGCCCUGCGAGCUGCGGCUGCAGUGCCGGCCCGGCGCCGAGAUGGUGUCCGUGGGCAUCGUGAGCCAGGCCCGGAACAUGGAGGUGUACGUGGGCGAGGAGUACUGCGGCACCGGCCGGGGACAGAGCCGCGGCAGCCGCCCGGCCCCGGGUGAAACUGAAGAGGUUACUCUAUACCACAAGUAUCUUAAGUUUGAAUGCCCUGCAACCUCCUGCAGAAUAAAGCUGCUCUCCUUUGGUGAGAAACACAGAGUACUCAUCAGUAAAAUAAUUCUAGAAGUGAAAGCAGUGUCUGCAAAACUAGCAACUGAUUUUCCUUCACUAGGCUCAAGCAUAGAUCUAGACAGAGUGCAAACUAUAAUGGAAUCCAUGGGAUCUAAGUUGUCUCCAGGUGCUCAGCAGCUCAUGGACAUGGUCCGGUGUCAGCAGAAAAACAGUUUCCCUCUUGGAGACAAGCUCAGUUGGAUCAUGGGGAGAAAUUCUGACUUUGGAGGUGACCAUGCAAUGGAUGGAAUGCACAGAGCAGCUCUGCAGUCAUCACUGAGUCCACCAGCCAGUGAACCUUUGCCUGUUAAAAAUCAUUUAACAAGUGAAGCAGUGUAUAAAGAUAUAAAAAUAACUCGUGAUCUGAACUCAGAGCUACCUGAAAGAGGGAAUACUUUGGAUUCUGAAAGACUUCCUGCCCAGCAAAAUGCAGUUGACCUCAGGAAUGAUUUGAAAGUCAUGGGAUCUCUGCAAGUGCAGCAGCAAGCAGGUGAAACUCCAAACUUGGCCAACCCACAGGUGCUUCUUCCUUUUCUUCAAAACCUGUGCACUCAGGUGAAUCACCUUCGGCUCAAGGAUGGAGAGAGGCACCUCGGGAAGAGUGCAGUGGCUAAAGAGGAGCAUGUUCAGAGUGCUGGAGUGGAACAGCAGCCUAUUUGCUCCUAUUUGGAAAAGAUAAUUUCAAAAAAUCUGGAUCUGAUGGAGAAGAAGCUAAUGGACUAUAUUGACUGCCAAAUCCAAGCUCUUCAGACACACAUAGACAAUAAAAUGUUUCUCUUGAUGGACUUGGUUCAGAACUCAAAACCAAACAAAAUUUCCCAAGCACACUAUGAUUCUAACGAGGGGUUUUCUAAUGGAGAGAGAUAGAGGGAUUCACAGGUGGGGUUUCAGUGUGAAUACCUGGAGUAAUUGCACUUCACAAGGCUUAGUAUUUAUGCAGUUCAAACUAUGAAGAACCUCAGUGUUGUUAACUUGCAUUUUGUUACUGUAAUUCUAUCCACUGUUGUACACACUUGUUAGUUUUAUGAAAGAUCUUAAGAACGUGUUUUUUCCUAAAUAUAAGAGUUUUGUAUGCCCUUUGUGGCUUAUUUAUUUAAAGAGCAUUGCUAGAAGCUGUAUGAACAGUUCCCCAGUUUUCCAGUUUGAGCAAUGGAGUACUCUAAAUAAACUGAGUUACUGCUUUUCUUUUUACCUGCAUGUAAUCAGCUCACUUUUUUGGGUUGUGUUAAUUUUGAUGUGAAGUGUGUUGUCAGUAGAACAGAAUGCAGUUUGUUCUUUUGCUUUAUUUGCCCUCCUGUUGAAGACGUUUCUUGUUCCAUCUCUAAAAGGAAGGUUGGAUUGUCAUUGCCUAAUUUGGGCAGUUUAUGGAGCUGUCUUUAGAGAGCUGGGGGAAUGUGAACCCAGCCUGGGUUCUUUGGAAGCCUUGUUGGCUGUACAGGCACCUAAAUUAGGAAUCCAGGCUCCUUAAGAGGUACCUAAAACAAGACUCUGAUACUUCUAGCUGGGUGUGCAGGAACGAGUGAAAUGAAUGCACACUCAGCAGGCUUUAUCCAGGUUUCAUUAUCCUAAGAAGUGCAAGAACUUCAUCCAUGGUUCCUCUCAAGUGGAUGUUGCUCCCAGACAGGAUGUGCUGGGGUAGCUCCAGAGGAGUUUUCCUUACUGCAUCACACUUCUUUAACCUGUUGGGAUCAGUUUUGCUGUCAUUUGGGGAGAUAGGAAUGUGACUCCAAACCCCUCUUCUGUGGCAGGUUGAGUUUCAAACUUCAUUCUGUUUGUUCUUGGAUUCUGGGUGCACCAUUUCAAUUGGAGGGUGUAGGGACUUCAUGCUAACCCCCUCAGUUGGGUGCACAAACAUUUUUGGCAAAAGCUGCUGAUGGGGAAGCAAAUGUUGACUCAAAAUCAGCGUAAGCAUGUGCAAGCCACUAUCUUUAUUUACUCUGCCUGAUAUCUCCUCCUCCAGGAAAAGUGAUGUAUUUUGAGGACUGUCAGAUCCUGGUGGUAGUGAACCCACAGAAGCAGAUUUGCAAGAGAGGAUAAUCUGUUUUGUAAAGACAUCUUCCAGUUAUCCCUGAUCUUAACUCCUGCCAAGUGCAGUUUCAAGAUGAUUCAAAAAGAGAAAAAGAUUUUUUUUUAAAGACAAAAAGUUAGCUUAAUUAUCUUGUGCUUCAUACCUGUAAAGAUAUAAAGUCUAUCCUGAGGUACAUAAACUUUUUCAAG